AUGACAACUUCGAAUCGUUGUUCAAAAUGUUCUACAAGUGUGGGAACAUGCACGUGUGCAGGAUGCAAAGACUACUUUUGUACGAAGCAUUUUAUUGCACAUCGAAAAGAAUUACAAGUGAAUCUCGAACAUAUUAUUGAUACUCAAAAUCGUUUACUGAAGCAAUUCAAUGAAAAUAAUCAUUACAGUAGUCUACAAAGUUCACUUCUUACUCAAAUCGAUCAAUGGCAAAAUCUAACAAUUCAGAAAGUUAAUCAAACGGCAGAUAAUAUUCGUCAAGAAGUUACACAAAUGCUCAAUCAACAGCGUGAAGAAUCCAAGGUAAAAGUUCAGGUAGUAGUAGAUGAACUUCGAAAACGAAAAGAAGAAGAUGAUUUUGUGGAAGAUGACCUCGUACGUCUGAAGAAUCAUAUUGAUCGACUUCAGCAAGAACUCGAAGAAUUACAAAAAAACUCAUUCAUAGAAUUACAUAUAGAACAGAGUGAACAUAUUGAUUGGAAUCAUCUCGCCUAUCUCAAGUAUAAAUCUGCCGAUAUCAAGAAGCGAAAGAACUUGGAAUUCAAAAGUGAAACAUCUCAAGGGUUUGAAUACAAUGCUCAAUCAACAACAACAUCAAAAUCAAAAUGUACGAAUUAUUCAUGA